AGAGUAAGUUUGGAUUAGAUAUUAGGAAGAAAUUCUUUACUGUGAGAGUGGUGAGGCAGUGGAACGAGGUUGCCGGAGAAGUUUUCAAUGCUCCAUCCUGGGAAGUGUUCAGGGCCAGACUGGAUAGGGCUCUGAGCAACCUGGUCUAGUGGAUGGUGUCCGUGCCUACAGCAGGGAGAUUGGAAUUAGGUGCCCUUUAAAGUCCCUUCCAGCCCUGGCCACUUUGCAGUUCUGUGAAUUUUAGUUCUGAGCUCUGUGCUAUGGGACAGCUUGGUACGUGUCAGGACUUGGGUGCCAAAGGGCUGUAAUGUUAGUAAACAAGGAUAUGUUGCAGGUGGAAGGCUUUAACAUAGAAAUAGAAAUGUGUUGUGCAGUUUUAAGGUUUAUAGAGUGGAUAUUAAGUCUGUGAGCUCUGAGGUAACUGGCCUAGGUAGCCACUAAUUGUCUAGAGCAUUAAUGUGACAACUGCCAAGCAAACCGUAACUUUCAGGCAGGAUUAUGUGUCAAUUUAAGAUAACUCUCCCUGAAAAUUUACUAUAUGGACACAUCCUAAACCUUUGGAGAGCUUGCUAGAAUGGAUUGUAGACAUCCUUUCUCGAUAUCUUGAUCAUAUGGGAAGACACAAAGAUUGGAAAGUUUUGCACUAAGCAAUGAUCCUGGUGCAGUGGAUGCUCACAGAGCACCAGGAUAAUCUUCAAGGUUGGAUGACAGAACCAACCAGCUUUUCUGCAGGUGCAGAAGAGAAAAAAGAGAGUGUUCCCACACAACUGAUGAAGCAUAAAAAAGAAGUUGGUGUUGCUUCUGAGGAACUUGGCUCAGCAAAUGCAGCUGCAGACCAGGAAGUGCAAACUACAUCAGAAAUAAGACAAGACUGUGUAUACAGAAGGUGUGGGACACAUGAGAAGACAGAUAUGAUUAAAUUUCUUGUCAUGGAUCAAGAUGCAUCCAAAAACUCUGAACUAUAUGUACCUGUGUCUAGUAACCGUUCAACAGUGGAGUCAUCUGAGGAGAGUGAGGAGGACAUGUAUCGUGAUGAAGAGGAAAUAGAGAGAGAGAAAAUACUACUUUGUGGAACAAACUCAUCAGAACGUAAACUAAGUGUUUCACCUGAAAUGGACAUCAUGGAUUAUUGCAGAAAGGAAUGGAGAGGAAAUACACCAGCAGCAAAAAGGAUGAGAAAGGGAUAUGAAGCAGUUGCUCAGAAGUUUGCAUCUAUUAGGAGAAUACGAGGUGAUAACUAUUGUGCUUUCAGAGCAACUCUUUUCCAGGCAUUAAGCCAAGCUACACAGUUACCAGUGUGGAUGCAGAGUGAGGAUUUUACUAUGCUUCCAGAAAACUUGCUGAGCAAGUAUGACUGGAUCAAGCAGUGGCAGCUCAGACAGAAACCUGGCAAGAGGAUGGGAGAAAUAAGUGAUGAAAUGAAAGAGUAUUUAAUACUUCUAAGGAAAAAGUGGAAGAAUGUAAGCGAAAUAAAAGGUCCCCUUGAGAAACAAGAAGCUUGUGAUGAAUUGUUUAAAAAUGAGGAGGAGGAGUAUAGUCUCUAUGAAGCGCUGAAAUUUUUGAUGCUUAACACUGCCAUUGAAUUAUACAAUGCCGAUAAAAGUGGAAGGAGAGUGCCUGUCUUCUCCUGGCUCCUGUUUGCACGGGACACAUCCAGCAACCCUUGUCAGUUAAUGCAAAAUCACUUGAAUCAUAUUGGUCACAGUGGAGGCCUUGAACAAGUGGAAAUGUUUCUUCUUGCUUAUGCUCUGCAGUAUACCAUCCAAGUGUACCGACUGUAUAAGUACAGCACUGAUGAGUUCAUCACGCUUUACCCCAAUGACCCAGAGGAGGACUGGCCUGUGGUGACUCUCAUAACUGAAGAUGACAGACAUUACAAUAUUCCAGUCAGAAUGUGCCAAGAGACGAUGCUGUGAACAAGUGAUUUUUGUCAGACAAACCUGUGCUGCUUAUGGAGGUUUCCCAUGCUGUUUUGAAACAGGACAAUGACAAAAUCCAUGUGAUUAAAGUAACAACUAGAAAUCUGUGUUUUAGAAGUUGACAUCUGAAAUAAAGUAUCAAAUAGUAAAAGUAUGGCAAGCAUGGCUUUGUUUUCCAUUUUUUGAAAAAUGGAAGCUUCUGCAGUCCUUUUUUGAAGGACUUACUCUAAUUGCCAAAACUAUAGAUUUAUUCCUUUUAUUUCUUUUAGUGAGGCUCUGUGGUAAGAUAUGAGCUAACUUUUUGUUCCCCAAAAUAAUGACAAUUGAUAUUCCUGGGAAAGUAAAGUGGCAGUGUCUUGGCUGAUGUUUGUAAUAGUGCUUAGAAGCCAUUUAUACAAAACCGGGUCUUGGGAAGUAAUACAAUUAUUUUGCAAUUGGAAUUUAGUGCCUGCCAUGGUUUAUUCUGUAAGAGAGAUGUUACUUAAAGUUUUCUAAUGUUUUGAGUUGUUUUUUCCUGCAUAAGUGUCUCUUCUUUAGAAGCCAGUUAUCUGUUACACUGAAAAUGAGCUGAAAAUGAGCUCUUCUUUAGAAUCCAGUUAUCUGUUACACUGAAAAUCUUCCCCUUUCAGCCCAGAGGGGAGGAAUGUGGCAAAUGUGAUAAGGGAGUUUAAAAGUUGUUUGAUAGUCAAUCACAAAGUCAAAGACUACAAAUAAUUCCCACUUAAAUUAUAACAGGUGACAGGAGAUAGCCACAUGCCUGUUAACUUCCACGUCUGUUCCUGUAGUGUUAAUCUUUUCUGGCACCUGCUCUGGAGAACAUGAGGAUUUUAAUUUCUCCAGAGAGUUCAGUAGAUGGAAACAAACUUUUGGGGCAGCUUACUCCUCCCAAGAGUGGAGAUAUGAGAGGUUCUGUUUCUGCUUAGUUAUUCUUUGUGCUUUAAAACUGAAAGAAUACAGAAUGUAUCAAAUACUGAAAGUGCUGACAAAUCUUUAUUAAAAGCUAAUUAAAUAAUGAAGCAUUCAGCUUUUAGGUUCAAGUAGAAGUAUGUCCUAUAGAUGACUUUUGGAACAAGAGAGUUAAAACUGAUUGAGCUGAAAUGGUGGUCAUACACAGGUCUCUUAGAAGGCCUACGUAUGUAAAUGGGGUAAGGUUAUAAAAACUUUCCAUUUGAAUAUUCUGGAGAAAGCAGCAUGCAAAAUUCUUCUCUUCUAGUUGAAAUUAAUUUGUUAAGUAUUAUUGUGAAAUUAUAUACACAAUAAAAAUGUGUAUUCACUAUGUUCUAAAAUGUGUUUUAAACACAAUAAUGAGGCUUACCAUGUACUCAGUGUUAUAUUUGUCAUGUUUUCGUUGCCUUCUAAAUGAGUUUGUUUGUUACUCAAAAUGUCUGGCAGCUACAAGGGAAUAAAAGUAAACUUAAUAAAUUCAUCUGGCAGCA